AUGCCUUUCUUUUCGCGCGUCUUCCGCUCCAAGGACCCUUCGAAGAAGUCUGGCAGGCUCAACGGGCUCCCGCUUGAGCCAGAGAAGCCAACAUGGACCGAUGCAUGGCUCAGGACAGAGGUCGAGCCGGAGGAGGUCGUCGACCUGCUGCUCGGAUGCACCUCUGAGCUCAAAGAUAGGGGUAUCUCCCCCCGUUCUCUUUAUCUAGAUAAUGCGUCUGCAUGA